GAAUCCUUUCAGUGAUAACUGUUUAAUCAAAGCACAAUCAAAUAGGUAUUACUCUGAUGGUCAGGUACCGUUUGAAUUGUUGAGAUUUAAGAAUGCCGCUCGAUGUGUGGAAUCGACUGAAGAACUAAGCCCAGUGCCCCAGUAUAAAGGUUAUUUGGGUUUAAUCAUCGUGUGUCGUCUGUUUGCGCAGAAUUUAAAAUUUAGAACGUCUUAUUGACCUCGACGCCAUGUCUGACGAUUCGUCGUCCGAAGAUGAAAUCACAAAACGGAUACUGAAAGACUCGAUCGACACUGAUCUACUCACCAACGACUUGUACAGCAACAGCCCCAGCAAAAAGCAAUCCAACAAAAUUAAAAAUAUCAAUAGUGAACAAAUUAAACCAUCUCUUAGGAAUCUUAUUGAAGACGACGUUCAUAAUCAUAAUUUUAUUAAGGUGACUCCAGAAUUUCAAGAAUUUGUUGCUAAAAGCUUAUUCAAACAUUUAGAAAGUCAAAUAAUUGAAAAAAAAUCAAAACAUAAAAAACACAAAAUAGAUAAUACAGAUGAAUCAGUAGGUAUUCAUUUAUUCCAUGGAUCGCCUAAGUUACUCAAUUCUUCAUUAGAUGAACCUACAAUUAAGAUAAAAAGAAAACGUCAUAUUAAAAAUACCAGUGAUGAACUCAUAUUGCAGCAAGCUUCUGAAAUGGCCGUGUCACCUGAAUGGAUAUUAAAUAGAGAUGCUGUUCAAGGUUGGGCAAAAGUGACCAAAGGAAAACUUAUGAAAGUUAAAAGUAACCAUGAAGGUACAUUUGAUAUAAUCAGUGAUGAAAUUUAGAGGUAUGUAUUGUAGCUCCUAGAAUAUUAAUGUGAAAAUCCUUUUGAACUAGAUACUGUUUAUAUUAUUAUAUUUAGCCAUUUUUUAAUAAACCGUGUAAUUCACACUUUGCACAAUCUUAAUA